UGGCACAGAUUAGUUUGUUUGGUUAAUACCGCUGGACUGAAUGUUAUAGGCAAUAGUAAGGGAGACAUUGUUUUGUUCAGAACAUAAGUUGUAGCGACAGUUAGAAGAACGUAAAGACAUUUUUAGCCAGAAGUGUGUUACUUUAAAAACUUAGCGAGUAUUUAAUAAUAUGUCAAAAUAUCUGUGCGCUUUGGAAUUUUGGACGUUCCUGCGCGCAAGCUCGUGAUGCUCUCUGCAGUUCUUUGCCCUUCAGGAUACAAGAUACAUACAUAGAAGAUUAUGUUUAGCGGAGCUUUGGGUUCUCUGACUCGAUUUUAAAAUCAUUUUGAAAACUUUAGGUAAAGAAUAAUUUCCAUAAUGUCGAGGAGGAAAGUUCGUCUUGCGCGCUCUGAGCGCACAGUGAGUGAGGACUCGGACAUAGACAGCUUGCUGGCGAGUCUUUCUCCUGAUGAGGUGGAGGAGCUGGAAAAGGAGUUGAUUAUCAUCGACCCGGAUCCCAGUGUGCCGGUGGGGCUCAGGCAGAGAAACCAGACCGAGAAGCAGCCGACACGUGGCUUCGAUCGUGAAGCCAUGCUGGUCUACUGCGAGCGAGAGACCAAGAAACUCAUAGAGAGGGAGCUGUCAUUUGAGGGGGAGGCCAAAGGUGAAGGCCGUAGACGGGACCGGCUAAGGAGGACGAGAAGCAAAGAACAGCAGAGCUUUUCCAGGUCACACAGCCGUGAAACAUCUGACAAGGAGGAAGCCAAAUAUGAAAAAGCACAUGUCACAGAGGAAAAAUCUGAGAGCAUAAAUUGCAAGGAUGGAGAAAAAAUAAUAAAGGAUGAUGUAAAUGAGAUAUCUGACAUCAAAAUACAAUGCAAAGAAGGUAAAGAAAUAUUAGCAGAUCAGAAUUUAGAAAGAGAGGUAGAAAAUACAAAAGAUAAAGAAAGGGAAACAUCUAAAAAAGAACGGGGUAGCAGCAAGACUUCAGAGCUCAUCUCCAAACUACAGAAAAAGGAGGACAAUAAAGAGAGGGAGAGAAAGGAUAACAGUAAGAAUGGAGAAAACUUGAGAACAAAAGAGUUGAUCUCCAAGUUACAGGGCAACAAAGUGGUAGAAAAAAGGGAGAAAGAAGAAAAAGUGAAAGAGGUAGAAAGAAAUAGAGAGAGUAGAACAAAAGGACUAGUCUCCAAACUGGAGGAGCAGAAGAGCCAAAAAGAACAUGGCAAACUCGCAGAAAGGAGAAGCAGAGAGAAAAACCUGGAAGAUCCUGGGAUAGAGAAAAAAAGGGAAAAGGAAGAAGAUAAAUACUGUGAGAAAAGUAGACCACACUCUGAAAGAGAUGCACCUGGAACACAGAAAAGGAAAGACAGACUGAAACGAUGGGAGAAAGUGGAUGAGAUAGAGAUGGAGCCAGAAAGACCGAAAGAGGAAGAGAGAAAGAAUGAGAGAGGUAGAGGUGAGAAAGUUGUAUUGCAGAACGCUACAACUCAGAACAAUUUUACUGAGACCAGCAGUAGUGGGGAUGACCACUCUGUCAAAACAGAGGAUGAGGAAGAGCAUAAUCAUGAGGAUGAUUAUAUGGACAGUGAUACUGGCUCCAGCAUGUUUGAUGACCUCUUGGAGCAAGUGCGCAGUGAUGAUCCUGAACUCACUGAGCUUAACAUCAACAACUCUGAUGUCAUCAAGACAGAUACAUUGAUCCAGUUUGCAGAAGGACUUCGCAGUAACACUCACGUUAAAACAUUUGCUAUUGCUAACACAAGAGCUGAUGAUCAUGUAGCUUUUGCCAUUGCUGGGACUUUAUGGAACAACACUACUUUAACGGGAAUCAACCUGGAUUCCAACCUUCUCACUGGCAAAGGCAUCCUGGCUAUCAUUGAGUCUUUGCAGCACAAUGCCACCCUUAAAGAGCUUCGCUUCCACAACCAGAGACACAUAUGUGGAGGGAAGACAGAGAUGGAAUUGGCUAAGGUACUACGGGAUAACACUUCAUUGCUCAAGCUGGGUUAUCACUUUGAACUUGCUGGGCCAAGAAUGGCCAUGACCAACAUCCUUAGUCGUAAUAUGGACCUUCAGCGGCAGAAACGACUGGAAGCACAACGUCUUGCCAAGCAGGAAACUGAGGCAAGCUUAGUGCCCCCUACUGAAGAGAAGAAGAAUCUUAUACAUGAGAAGCCCAAAGUUAAGCCAAUUCCUCAGUCCAAACCUGUUGAGAAAAAGGAAUCCAUACUAGCAAAGGUUUCCAAAUUUAACAGUCCCACUUCACCCCCCAAAGCCAUUCAACCUCCCAAGUCCAUGGCUGAAAUAUCAUCCUCUACAGCAAAAGGUACAAAAGGUGGGCCCACAGCACAGUCAAGCACAGGACCACCUGCUCCCCCUCCUCCUGCCCCAGUGCUGGAUAUUCAGGCACUGCGGAGGUCGUUGACCUCAGUUUCACAGCGCAAGCAAGAAAGCAGCCAUGUCUCAGGACAUGGAGCACAAAAGAGCUCCAGAGAUCAGUUGCUGGACUCUAUCAGGAACUGCAAUAUGAACACUCUCAAAAAAGUCGAGGUUCCUAAGUGGCUGAAGUAACAGAUGGUAGAAGAACCAGUAGAGGAGCAAGCCAUCUUUAGUGGAUGUCCAUGAUGUAAAUGAUGGAUCAGUAGUCCAAAAGCAAAUACAGUUCUAUUAGAAAAGUAUGGUACAUUUGAGCGAUGCUCACAAAGUAUUGUGUUCUAAAAUCAUUUGGAUCCUUAAUGCUAUAAUAGAAUUGUAUGAAAUAUAUUGAAAUAUUAUGUUUAAUUAGGGACGUUUUACUGUAUUGUUUUAAAAGUUAAAAUAAUGAACACCCAUUUUUGACAUAUUUUGAAUUGUUGAUCUUGACUACAAAACAAAAUUUGUAAAAAAAAAAAAAAAAAAAAAGUACUUGAAUACAGAAUUACACUAACCUGAGCACUAACACUACACUAACUAUGAGCUUUUUUCAUUUUAUUUAAAAACAGUUGCAUUAACUCAUUGGACAGACAAUUUAAAUUAUAGCAAAUUACAAUCAAAGGCCUCAAGGACGUUUGAAAUAAUUGGUUCUUUUUUCUGUAAGACUUGGAAAAUUGAAUUUGAAGAAAGGUCUAUCAUAAUAAUCUUUAGCAGUUUAUUGUAAUAAAAGAAACUGAAAUGUCAGACAAAUGAAAAUAAUAAGUGCAUGUGUAUGGACUCAAGUGCAGACUGAGGUUAAGAGUGUAGCCACACAUGACUGGAUAUAGCAAACAAAAUAAUGUAAAAUAAUUGGCUACAAGUACAAGAUAACAUAAGGAUGAUAUGUAUUGUCUAAUUGUUCCAGUAUGUAUGUGUGUGGGUGUGUGCAACACAGACUACUGUGAUAAUCUUUGGGUAAAGCUGAGUCUUACAGAAGAUCAUCACGAUGUCUCCAAGACAAUUUUAUGCUGAAGUACAAAAGAUCAAUGUGGGUCAAGACACAUGCAGAACAUGCUUAUUAUUAACUUUGAAAGACAUUCCAGUUGACUGUUCUUUUUUUAAACUGGAACUGCUCCUACUUGCUAAUAGAGUAGCAACAUAUUAGAUAAUAUUACAGAAAGCUGGUGUUAGAAUGCUCAGAUGAAGAUAUUCUAAUUUCUUUUGUAUUCUGUAUUGUGUUCUCAGUUGUAUGUUCCAAUCAGUGAAGGAUAUACAAUAUAUAUAAAAUAAAAACUUUCAUCAGUAAA